UGAGUGUGUCCAUCCCACGGGAUCUCCAGUCUGUUCUCCGUUCGUUUGUGCCGUCUGGCCAUCUCCAGUGUGUCGCAGUUCAGUCUUUGUUGUGCUCGCGUUCAAACAAGACGCGUUAGGGAUUUCUUCGCGAUUCGCGCCAACGAGCCUGCGAAAAAGGAAUACCACGUGCGUGCGUGCGUGCGUGCGUGAGAACGAACCAACCGCGUGAUGGUGCAACGUGUGAACGUGCUCAGUGGGGUGCUGACGGCGGCCGCAAUGGUGGUGGCCCUUGGCCAAGCAGCCACCCCAGCCCGGGAAGCGUUCGAGCGCAACGAAAUCGUACCGGAUCUGCUCGAAACGGCUCCGGAACAAACGAUCAAAGUGACGUACGCCGAGUCGGGCGUUGAGGUGUCGCUUGGGAACGAGCUGACCCCGACCGAGGUGCGAAACCGUCCCAAACUCUGCUGGGGCGUGGAACCGAAGGCUUUGUACACGGUGUUGAUGGCUGAUCCGGACGCACCGUCGCGCAGUAAUCCUGAGAUGCGAAGCUGGAAGCACUGGAUGGUGGGAAAUGUGGCCGGAACGGACCUCGAUGGUGGUGAGGUGUUGGCCGAUUAUGUCGGCUCGGGUCCUCCACAAGGUACCGGAUUGCAUCGGUACGUGUUUCUCGUGUACAAGCAACCUGGACGUGUGGCGUUUAACGAGACGAUUUUAAGCAGCCGGAACCCGAACCGCGGCAAGUGGUCGUUGGCGCAGUUCACGAGCACGUAUCAGCUUGGCAACCCCAUCGCAGGCAACUUCUAUCAGGCACAGUACGAUGACUACGUCCCGGAGCUUUACGCCACCUUCACGGACAACGCGUAAACGCAUGAAGGUCGCAUCCUGCCUGGUUCCUUCGUUCCUUCUGGUUCCUGCUCCCGGUCCCGGUGGAUCUCCCACACACACACACACACAC